AUCCUACAAGCAUUCAGAGAUAACGCAGCAAAGUGAAUGACAGAGCAGGAAGGAAUUCCACUCGCCCGUGGAAACAUGCACGGACAAAACACAAGACUGUCUGUGGGAGGAACCCACUGAAGAACCUCUGUGACAUCUGGAGGCAGUGGGCACAGCGACACACAGGCGAGAUCCAGGAAGAAGAGCUGAAAACUGUUUCUGAAAGGUCAUUGACGUUGGGUCUGUGUGCAGAACUCACAGGAGUCAGGAAACAUGGCUUGUACGUCACAGUCCGCCUUAAAUUAUGUCGAGAGUGCCAGAAAUCAUCUUGUGGGAGAAUUACAGAAUCUGUCUGUGAUUUUGGAGAAUUUGUAUCAGAAAGGAGUUCUCAGUGAUGAGGAGGUCAGAAACAUACAGGCAGAGCGCGAUGGCUACGAUAAAACCAGAAAAAUCCUGGACUCGGUCAUGAAAAAGGGGGAAGCAGCCUGCUACGAGUUCCUCAGAAUUAUUCACGUGACGAGGAAGAGGACUUUAGGGAGGCCAACUCCUCUCUCUGAGAAAAACACUGGAGCUUCCACUGGAAGCCAGAAGUUUGACCUUCACCACUGGAUCAGCUGCUUUUCUUUUAAAGAAGAAACACAAAUGGAUGUGGACUACCUGCAAGGACCAAAACCGUGUCACAGAUAUCAGACAAAGUUGAAGGAAAAGGCACAAAAAUCGUCAAAUGAGUUUUGGAAUGCAAGUAAAAAGCUGUUUGAAGAAAACAGGAGGCCUGAUCUGUCAUACACCUCACUGGUACUAGAUACACAGAAGAGCCCAUCUCCAUCUAAAAUCAAGAAAUGGAAGAGAAAGAAAAGUAAGAUGAGUCAAACUGAGAAACUGAGGACAUACAUCCCUGAGGACAAACCAGAAAUUUCCCCCACUGACCUUCUGAAUAGACAGGAAAACAUACUCUUGGUUGGGAAGCCUGGAAUUGGAAAGACGGCAGUCGUUCGUGAAAUGUUGAGACUGUGGGCAGAAAAGGACAACAAGGAGUUAGAUUACAUGUUCUACUUUGACAUGAGGGAAACGUCCCAAAUCACACCGACUAUGAGCCUGGAGGAUCUUCUUUUCAAUGCGUUCAGUGAACCAGAUGUAGGUGUGGAUGAGGUUUUACAGGACAUAAAGAGUAACUCUGAUAAUGUUACCAUUAUUUUUGAUGGAAUCACAGAUCUGUCUCUAUCAGUGGUGCAGAGGCUUGUAGACAAAGAACUACUACCUGAUGCAAAGAUCAUCAUAACCUGCAGACCAGAUGAUGAGGAAGACUUCUUCUCUGGGGACUGUCUCAGAGUGGAGGUGAAAGGAUUUAGCGAGCAGAACAUAAAGUCCUACUUAUCUGCAACGCUCUGCGAUGCACAGAAGGUUUUGAGCAGCUUGGGGUUGCUAACUCUUUGCCAUGUACCAAUGUAUGCUCUGAUGGUGGCUGCCUGCUCUUCAUCAGAAGACUCUCCACAGCCAUGCACUAUAACAGAAAUCUACAUCGACAUUGUUCGUUACUGCCUUCAGAUAAAGGGCAACAAAACAAAGAACAAAGAUCUAAACACCUUCAUCAACACCAAGAGAGAGGAAAUACUGUCUUUGGCUGAAAUAGCUUUUCAUGCAACUCAGGGAAAGGGAAAAUCUGUGAACCUGACUGAAGUGCCCUGUGAAGACAGCUGUGUCCUUUCCUUUCUGAAACCACUUUUUAUCAAAGAAACAGAAACUAGACACACAUUCCUCCAUUACACACUGCAGGAGUUCUUUGCAGCCGUGUGGCUCUUAAAGAAUCCUGAUGAAAUCAGGAAUGUUUUUCAGCAGUGUCUCACUGAGGAGAUGAAACACAUGAAACAUUUGAUCCCUUUCAUGUGUCGACUGUUGAAUGAAAAGAGCCCAAGUUGGAUGAAGUGUCUGAUUCCAGCUGAGGAACUCAGCAGCACAUCUGACUGGUUCUUCAAGGAGCUCAUCACCACAUUAGUCCCAGAUGUGGUUGGCACUGAAGACAGUGGACUUGAUGUCAACACAUUGUUCUUAUGCCAGUGCUUGUAUGAGUCCCAGUGUCCAGAGGCAUGCGUCUACCUUCUAGACAAACUGGACUACCGUCUUGACCUCUGUGGAGAGAGUCUUGAUCCUUACCUCUGCUGUGCUGUGGCCUAUGUGGUAAAUCAGUCUCAGGAACAGAAAAUACGGUUGAACCUUGAUGAUGUCACAAUAUCAGAGCAAGGAAUGAGACAACUGUUUGGAUGCCUUCAGAAUGUCCAAUGGUGUGACCCUUUGCAACAGCAGCUGUGGAAGAUUUUCCUUCUCGGUGAAGGAGAGAUGGACUUGGCAACUUUACUUGUCCUCGAUGACAAUCAGUUGCACCUUCCAGUGGAGGGUAAAGAACAGCUGUUUGAAAGAGCUGUGGAAGUCAUGAAGAGGAUGACAAGAAAGGUCAAUGUCUGCCUCUACUGGGACAGAGAAACUCCUGUCUGCCAGAGUCUGUGUGAGUCCCUGAUAGAGGCUUUGCCAUCCAUCAGCUCACUCAGUUUCAAGAUGACCAACAGAAGUCCAGGUUUAUGGAAUGAGGAGCAAUUCCGUGGGGCACUGGAGAGGCAACAAAGGAGGCUGUUACUGGAUUUAUGCCUGAAGGCAGCACUUCACAUUGAGCAAAGCUUCCCAAAUGUCGUGAAUGUGCUCCUCUCACUGUUCCCUAAUCAAACUGACUUAAGUAACCUCUGUCUCGAUCUGUACCAACAUGUUAGGAGUGAAGGGUUUUUGAGUGUCAUUCCAAAACUGAGGCUGCUUUUCCAGUCAGCUCCUGCAGUCUGGUCCAUAAACCUCUCAGAGAGAAAGACCUCCAUCCUCCUGGAAGUGCUGAAACUCCAAUCAACGAAGAAACCAGUGGAACUGACAGGCUGGUCAGAUGAAAAGAGUGAAGUGAGGAGUUUCCUGCAGUGUCUCCCUUACAUCUCACAACUCAGUUUCAUGCCUCAGUUAUCAGAACCUUUGGAGGAAACCAGGUUCUUGGGGAAUCUGGUCUGUGCAGCAGUACAGAGAGAACAGCAGACUGGAAAGAAGAUAGUGGAGCUGUUAUCAGUAUGCAGAUAUAAAACAUUUCCUCUCAAAGAAAAAUGGUGUGAUUUCCUCCUGGAUCUUUACUGUUACGAGACUAAAACAGGUUUGAGUGUCCUUCCAUCAUCACAGUCAGCUUUCCAGUCAGGUCCUGCAAUCUGGUCCAUAAACCUCUCAGAGAGAAAGACCUCCAUCCUCCUGGAAGUGCUGAAACUCCAAUCAAAGAAGAAAAAAGUGGAGCUGACAGGCUGGUCACAUGAAGAGAAUGAAGUGAGGAGUUUCCUGCAGUGCCUGCCUUAUAUCUCACAGCUCAGUGUUCAGUGGGAGUUACGUCUUGAUGAACCAACAAGUUUCUUUGGGAAUCUGUUGUGUGCAGCAGCAGAGAGAGAACAGCAGACAGGAGAGAAGAUACUGGAGCAGUUAUCAUCAGUGUGCAGAUAUAAAACAUUUCCUUUCAAUGACCGAGACGAUUUUGAUAUUGAAUGUAGAGAAGUUCGGAGUGAUUUCCUGCUGGAUCUGUUCUCAAAGGUGAAGGAGUGUGAGACAAAAACAGGUUUGAGUUUCUUUCCAUCAUUACAGUCAGUUUUCCAGUCAGCUCCUGCAGUCUGGCCUUUGAACCUGUCAAAGGGAAAGACCUCCAUCCUCCUGGAAGUGCUGAAACUCCAAUCAGAGAAGAAACGAGUGGAGCUGAGAGACUGGUCAGAUGAAGAGAGUGAAGUGAGGAGUUUCCUGCAGUGUCUGCCUUAUAUCUCACAGCUCUGUAUUGAAAUUCUGGAUAUACGCCUUGAUGAAACAACCAGGUUGUUUGCGGAUCUGUUCUGUGCUGCAGCAGAGAGAGAACAGCAGACAGGAGAGAAGAUACUGGAGCAGUUAUCAUCAAUGUGCAGUUAUGAAACAUUUCCUGAAAUCCCUGAAGAUGGGAUGGACCUGGGCGAUGAUGAAGAAUGUCAGACUGAUUUCCUGCUGGAUCUGUUCUCCUAUGUGAAGGACUAUGAGACUGAAACAGGUCUGAGUGUCCUUCCAUCAUUACAGUCAGUUUUCCAGUCGGCUCCUGCACGCUGGUUCAUAAGCCUCUCACAGAGAAAGACCUCCAUCCUCCUGGAAGUGCUGAAACUCCAAUCAGAGAAGAAACCAGUGUAUCUGACAGACCAGUCAGAUGAAGAGAGUGAAGUGAGGAGUCUCCUGCAGUGUCUGCCUUACAUCUCACAGCUCUGCACGGAGCGAUUACGUCUUAAUGAAACAACCAAGUUCUUCGGGAAUGUGUUCUGUGCAGCAGCAGAGAGAGAACAGCAGACAGGAGAGAAGAUACUGGAGCAGUUAUCAUCAGUGUGCAGAUAUGAAACAUUUCCCUUUGAAGACACAGAUUUCGACAGCUAUCUGAAAUAUCAGAGUGAUUUCCUGCUGGAUCUGUUCUCCCAUUUGAAGGACUGUGAGACUAAAACAGGUCUGACAGUCCUUCCAUCAUUACAGUCAGUUUUCCAGUCAGCUCCUGCAGGCUGGUCCAUAAAGCUCUUAGAGAGAAAGACCUCCAUCCUCCUGGAAGUGCUGAAACUCCAAUCAGAGAAGAAACCAGUGUAUCUAACGGGCUGGUCAGAUGAAGAGAGUGAAGUGAGGAAUUUCCUGCAGUGUCUGCCUUAUGUCUCACAGCUCAGAGUUCAGAAGACGUUACCUCUUGAUGGAACAACCAGAUUGUUUGUGAAUCUGUUCUGUGCAGCAGCAGAGAGAGAACAGCAGACAGGAGAGAAGAUACUGGAGCUCUUAUCAUCAGUGUGCAGAUAUGAAGACUUUCCUUUAAAAUACAGGGAUGAUGAUGAUAAAGAGUUUCAAUAUCAGAGUGAUUUCCUGCUGGAUCUGUUCUCCCAUGUGAAGGACUAUGAGACUAAAACAGGUCUGAGUGUCCUUCCAUCAUUACAGUCAGUUUUCCAGUCAGCUCCUGCAGGCUGGUCCAUAAAGCUCUCAGAGAGAAAGACCUCCAUCCUCCUGGAAGUGCUGAAACUCCAAUCAGAGAAGAAACCUGUGUAUCUGCCAGACCCUUCACAUGAAGAGAGUGAAAUGAGGAGUUUUCUGCAGUGUCUGCCUUAUAUCUCACAGCUCAGUGUUCAGUGGGAGUUACGUCUUAAUGAAACAACAAGGUUCUUUGGGAAUCUGUUGUGUGCAGCAGCAGAGAGAGAACAGCAGACAGGAGAGAAGAUACUGGAGCUGUUAUCAUCAGUGUGCAGAUAUAAAACAUUUCCUUUCAAUGACCGAGACAGGGAUGAUUUUGAUUUUGAAUAUAGAGAACUUCGGAGUGAUUUCCUGCUGGAUCUGUUCUCCCAUUUGAAGGAGUAUGAGACAAAAACAGGUCUGAGUGUCCUUUCAUCCUUACAGUCAGUUUUCCAGUCAGCUCCUGCUGUCUGGCCCGUAGACCUCUCAAAGGGAAAGACCUCCGUCCUCCUGGAAGUGCUGAAACUCCAAUCAGAGAAGAAACAAGUGGCGCUGACAGACUGGUCGCAUGAAGAGAGUGAAGUGAGGAGUUUCCUGCAGUGUCUGCCUUACAUCUCACAGCUCUGUAUUGAAAUUCUGGAUAUACGCCUUGAUGAAACAACCAGGUUGUUUGCGGAUCUGUUCUGUGCUGCAGCAGAGAGAGAACAGCAGACAGGAGAGAAGAUACUGGAGCAGUUAUCAUCAAUGUGCAGUUAUGAAACAUUUCCUGAAAUUGCUGAAGAUGGGAUGGACCUGGGCGAUGAUGAAGAAUGUCAGACUGAUUUCCUGCUGGAUCUGUUCUCCUAUGUGAAGGACUAUGAGACUGAAACAGGUUUGAGUGUCCUUCCAUCAUUACAGUCAGUUUUGCAGUCAGCUCCUGCAGGCUGGUACUUAAACCUCUCACAGAGAAAGACCUCCAUCCUCCUGGAAGUGCUGAAACUCCAAUCAGAGAAGAAACCAGUGUAUCUAACAGGCUGGUCAGAUGAAGAGAGUGAAGUGAGGAGUCUCCUGCAAUGUCUGCCUUAUAUCUCACAGCUCAGCACGGAGCGAUUACGUCUUAAUGAAACAACCAAGUUCUUCAGGAAUGUGUUCUGUGCAGCAGCAGAGAGAGAACAGCAGACAGGAGAGAAGAUACUGGAGCUGUUAUCAUCAGUGUGCAGAUAUGAAACAUUUCCUUUAAAAGACAUAGUAUUAAGAUAUGAAAUGAAAUAUCAGAGUGAUUUCCUGCUGGAUCUGUUCUCCCAUUUGAAGGACUGUGAGACUAAAACAGGUCUGAGUGUCCUUCCAUCUUUACAGUCAGUUUUCCAGUCAGCUCCUGCAGGCUGGUCCAUAAAGCUCUUAGAGAGAAAGACCUCCAUCCUCCUGGAAGUGCUGAAACUCCAAUCAGAGAAGAAACCAGUGUAUCUGACAGACUGGUCAGAUGAAGAGAGUGAAGUGAGGAAUUUCCUGCAGUGUCUGCCUUAUAUCUCACAGCUCAGAGUUAAUCUGGAUUUGCCUCUUGAUGAAACAGCCAGGUUGUUUGAGAGUCUGUUCUGUGCAGCAGCAGAGAGAGAACAGCAGACAGGAGAGAAGAUACUGGAGCUGUUAUCAUCAGUGUGCAGUGAUGAAACAUUUCCUGUAAAUGACAUGGAUAAUCACUAUCAGAGUGCUUUCCUGCUGGAUCUGUUCUCCCAUUUGAAGGACUGUGAGACAAAAACAGGAUUGAGUGUCCUUCCAUCAUUAAAGUCAGUUUUCCAGGCAGGUCCUGCAGUCUGGUUCAUAGACUUAUCAGAGAGAAAGACCUCCAUCCUCCUGGAAGUGCUGAAACUCCAAUCAGAGAAGAAGCAAGUGAGGCUGACAGGGUGGUCACAUGAAGAGAGUGAAAUGAGGGGUUUCCUCCAGUGUCUGCCUUAUAUCUCAGAGCUCAGCUGUGGUCCAGACUUCUUCCAGAGUGUGUGUUCAUCCAUCUCUGUCAGAUCCAGACAGGAGGUCCAGCAGCUGGUGUCUCUGCUGCAGCUCCUGGACUUCAAGCUGCUGUUAACAGGAAAGUUAUCCAGGAGAACCUGCUGCUCUGUGGGGAGAGUUCUUCAACUGUGUGGCUCCAGAGUGGAUCUCAGCCUCACAGCAAAGAAGAUGUCUGUCAGAAGAACCUCCCUGCUUUUCAGAAAACCAACACAACUCCACAGUCUGAGGCUUUCCAAUGCCGAGGUCUUGCUCCUGUUUCAGUGGGUCAGAAGAAGCAGACUGAUGUGUCCUUUGACUGUUGAAGAGCUUUGUCUUGUGACUGAGGAAAAUCAAGCAUCAGAGAGAGCGUUGUUGAAGGUUGUCAGUAGUUUAUGUUCCCUGCUGAGAUCCUGUUCAGUCAGACAGUUGGUCCUCACUGAGUCCUGCAUCCCUGCUCAGUGUCUCAUUCCACUGCUGCUUCUCCAUGGUCCUCCACCCAUCAAACUGAGUGAAGAUCAUGUCGAGCAGCUGCUGGUCCUGGUCCAUGAAGUCCAGGACCAGGACUUGACGCUGUCCUUGUUGAGUGCGGUUGAUGGAGACCUGACCUCCUGCAGCCUGAACUGGGAGCUUCUUCACUAUCUGCUGCAGCAGUCUCCAGCUCAGACCAUCACUGUGGACCUGAGGAUGAACCUCUUCUUACAGGAGAGCGCUGCUCGUCUGCUUCCCUUUCUGGGCAGGAUUGUGAUUAAAAGGCCCAGUCCCAGCUUGGUGAUGACUUCCAUCAGAGAGCUGUAUAGAGCUCACACCAGUCACAUGGUCCCCAGUUUGCUGAGGUCACUGGAUCAUGUGAUCAACCUGAGCAGCAGAGAGCUGGACUCAGUGGACUCUGCUGCUCUGCUCUUCACCCUCAGACACAGUGACAGAGUUAAACUGAACCUCCGGUGGACCUCCAUCCCAGAGGAGGGAACACGGUCCAUCCUCUCUAUGCUGGACAGAGUUUCUGAGCUCAGUGUGGACAGGAAUCAGCUGCUGAGGUUCAUCCACUGCUGUGCUGCCUCUGACGCCCAGCAGGAGGCAGCGUCCGGCCUGCUGAGGACUCUGCAGCACCGCUUGGAUCUGUCCUGCCAGUCCUGUGUGGAUCUACAAGAGGAGGAUGAGACUGAGCCUCUGAGUCUGACUGUUGAUGACUGCAGGGCCGCAUCCAUGGUCCUGAAACACUGCAACCCGGACACUCAGCUCCACCUGCAGGACUGUGAGGUGGAGGACGGAGGACUGGACCUUCUGUUUUCUGUCCUGGACAGGGUCCGCCUCAGAGUCAGUAAAAGUGUCCUCCUCCAGCUGCUGUCCCUGCUUCCUGUCCACUCUGAGAGGGACACGGUGAGACGGGCCGAGUCCCUGUGUGGAGCUCUGGGUGGACAGCUGGACCUCAGUAACAGCACACUGAACCAGAGGGUCUGUGGAGGUCUGAUCCAGAUGCUGGACUCCUGUGAAGGACUGACUGAGCUGAACCUCAGUGACUGUCAGCUCAGCGACCAGCUGCUGCUGCCCCUCAUCACACAUCUGCACAAAGUCCAGGUCCUGGAUCUGAGAUACAAUCAGAUCACAGAUGCCUCCACAGAUGUUCUCCUCCAGCUGAUCUCCAUCCACUCCUCCAUCCACACUGUGCGACUCUUCAGCAACGACAUCGUGGACAGCAGACCCUUUAAGAAGCACAAGCAGUUUGAAAUGUGGUGAAGCAGUCAGGAGGUCAUGUGAUCAUCAAGGAGGAACUGUUGGAUGUCGUCAUUAAAAAGCCGUUUCUCCUCUUGAUGAGAUGAAAACAUGGAGUUCAUUCUGGUCAUCAGUAGUGUGUGAUGUAGAGACUUUAGUGGAAACAAGCUUUGAUUUUGACCACAUUAGAUUCUCUUUGUUUUUUUUACGAUGAAUAAGACGACACUUUAUCUGGAGGCAAAGAGCAGCCAGCAGUGUUUUCUAAAACUUCACAACGUAUGUUUGAAAUCAUUAGUUAGUGGAGCUCAUAUUUGUGUCUGAUACCAUGUCAUUGAUUGUCUAAAAGUGAUUCUUUAUUGGGACCAAACAGAGACUAGAACUGUCAGUGUUGUGAAGAGGCUGAAGUGAUGUUUUCAUGGAGCAUCUUCUAUUGAGCUCAGCUUCUAGACAUGAACUGGAGCUCAGAACUCUGUUGGACAACAUCUGUAUGCAGACAAUAACAUGCUGUUCCAUCAAGGUUCUGCUGCUCACACGAGUCAAACAUGAAUACUAUAUACAUCUAGAAAGAAAGAAUUGAUUUAAAUAGUUUUUCAUCAUGCAUGUUUGUGUUGAUAGUUGUCAGAAUUUAUUCUUAAUUUUUCUUUUUGUUGUAGUAAAAUAGCCACAAGCUCCUG